AUGCCUGCUGCAACAGAGGCACCUGCUCCCCUUUCCAAUGGAGUGCCCAAAAUCAAUGUCCAAGAUGGCUCGUCCACCCCGGAAUCGGACAACCUGAUCUCGGCCAACGAUAACAUCCGUCGUUUCGACCCUCCGUCAAGGGUAUUGAGCCCUGCUCAGCAUGCUCUGUUCCACAACAAGACAAGAUGUUUUGUCUAUGGCAUGCAGCCAAAGGCUGUCCAGGGCAUGCUGGACUUUGACUUCAUUUGCAAGCGAACAACGCCAUCGGUUGCCGGUAUCAUCUAUACUUUUGGCGGCCAAUUCGUCAGCAAGAUGUACUGGGGCACCAGCGAGACCCUCCUGCCCGUUUACCAAUCCGUCGAGAAGGCGUUCGAGAAGCACCCCGAUGUCGACACGGUUGUCAACUUUGCUUCUUCUCGAUCAGUCUAUAGCUCAACGCUUGAAUUGAUGAACUACCCCCAAGUUCGCUCGAUUGCGAUCAUCGCUGAGGGUGUUCCCGAGAGACGCGCCCGAGAGAUCAUGGUGAAGUCAAAAGAGAAGGGAAUCACCAUUGUUGGUCCCGCCACGGUUGGUGGUAUUAAGCCCGGUGCCUUCAAGAUUGGAAAUACUGGGGGUAUGAUGGACAACAUUGUUGCUUCGAAAUUGUACCGCCCAGGCUCGGUCGGCUACGUCUCCAAAUCUGGUGGCAUGUCCAACGAGCUCAACAACAUUAUCUCCCAAAACACGGAUGGUGUUUACGAAGGCAUUGCCAUUGGCGGUGACCGAUAUCCGGGCACGUCUUUCAUCGACCACUUGCUCCGAUACCAGAAUGAGCCUGGCUGCAAGAUUCUUGUGCUUCUCGGCGAGGUUGGUGGUGUUGAGGAAUACAGGGUCAUUGAGGCAGUGAAGAAGGGCCAGAUCACCAAGCCCAUCGUCGCAUGGGCCAUUGGUACCUGCGCAAGCAUGUUCAAGACAGAAGUCCAGUUCGGUCACGCCGGUGCUUCAGCCAACUCUCAACUUGAGACCGCCGUUGUCAAGAACCAGUCGAUGAGAGAAGCCGGCUUCUAUGUUCCCGAAACUUUCGAGGAUAUGCCUCAAGUUCUGGCCGAGGUCUACCAGAACCUUGUCAAACAAGGGACCAUUAAGCCAGCUCCUGAACCAUCGCCUCCCAAGAUUCCGAUGGACUACGCCUGGGCUCAAGAACUCGGUCUCAUCCGAAAACCCGCUGCUUUCAUCUCCACCAUUUCCGACGACAGAGGCCAGGAAUUGCUCUAUGCUGGCAUGCCUAUCUCAGAUGUCUUCAAGGAGGACAUCGGUAUUGGCGGUGUUAUGUCUCUCUUGUGGUUCCGUCGUCGUCUUCCACCCUAUGCGAGCAAAUUCUUGGAGAUGGUUCUCAUGUUGACCGCCGACCAUGGUCCGGCGGUGUCUGGUGCCAUGAACACCAUCAUUACCACUCGUGCUGGCAAGGAUUUGAUCUCCUCUCUCGUUGCUGGUCUCUUGACCAUCGGUUCCCGCUUCGGUGGUGCCCUGGAUGGCGCUGCUGAAGAGUUUGGGAAGGCUUUCGACAAGGGCUGGUCGCCGCGAGAAUUCGUCGACACUAUGAGGAAAGAGAACAAACUGAUCCCUGGUAUUGGUCACCGAGUCAAGUCGCGAAACAACCCCGAUCUUCGUGUCGAACUCGUCAAGGAAUAUGUGACGAAGCACUUCCCUUCUCAUAAAUUGCUCGACUAUGCCAUCGCUGUUGAGACCGUCACCACGUCCAAAAAGGACAACCUCAUCCUGAACGUUGACGGAGCUGUGGCUGUUUGUUUUGUUGAUCUCAUGAGAGGAUCUGGAGUCUUCUCUGCCGAAGAAGCUGAAGAUUACCUGAAGAUGGGUGUGCUCAACGGCUUAUUCGUCCUGGGUCGCUCUAUUGGUCUUAUUGCUCAUUACCUGGACCAGAAACGCCUUCGGACCGGCCUCUACAGGCAUCCUUGGGAUGACAUCACAUACCUCUUGCCUACCCUUGCCAAGGGAUCUGGAAACGAGGGACGAGUUGAAGUUUCUGUGUAA